AUUUCAGGCAUAGGCAUAGAUGAGGGUUUUUUUUGUCCGUAUAUAUACAGGCUGCAAUCCCUAGAGGACUGAGUUCCUCCUGUUAAUCUUUCAUUUAAUGCUUAAGAGAAACCUGUGGACACUAUGCUUAUAAUGGAAAUUAUUACCUAGAGCACAUCUUCUUGUGGCAAUAAAAGAUCUUAAAAUGGAAUAAACUGCUAAAAUAAAGGAGGAAACAGUCAACACUGUCAGAUGAAUUAGUUUGCAUUUUCUGAUUUCAGGCAUUUUAAAUCAGGGCAAUCGUGAUCUUUUGGGGGAACAAUAUUAAUUUUUUCCCAACUCUACCUAGCAAUUUUACAGUCCCUUUUAAGAAGCAACUUCCACCUCAAACUGGCUUGUGCAUAUAGAAGAAAAGAAAACAAGGAAUUGAACAGUAAAUCAUGACCUAAUUCUCAUUCCAACAUUAUGGAUAUUAUACUGUUGUUUAGUUUAUCGCUGAUGCAAGAUUUUAGUCAGCAAGGUAAGCAAAUCACUCUUUCUGUUAAAAAAAUAUUAUUCUAUAUUCCAAUACAAAAGGUAAAGGAAGGAAUCCAAACAAAUUGUACAAGAAAAAAAUAUAUAAAUAGUGGGUUGAGUUUCUCAGUGAAACAUGCAGAAUGCAUUUAACUCAUAAGAAAGUUCCACUGGGCAAAAUGGGACUUUUCCCAAGGUUGCGUGUCCAAAAUUACAGCCAGUGUGGAGUUGUGGUUAGAGUGUCAAAGUAGGACUAUACAGCCUAACACACAUAUACCCCAAGCUCACAACAAUAUGUUCAUAGAAACGUGAAUAAAACACAUGUGGUGGUUGUUUCUUCUAGGGUACGUUUGGGAGACCUUUGGACCUCCAGGUGAGCUGAACUACAACUCCUAUCAUCCCUAGCCCUUUAGCAAUGCUUGCUGGUGCUGACAGGAAUUGUAGUUCAUUAACAUCUGGAGGGCCAAAGGAAAAAGCCGCUGCAGGAGCAGAGAACCCUUUCCCUAGCUGGUGCUUUUUCACUGAAAACCACCCUCGCCCCCAUAAGACUUUUCCACUGCAGGGUUCCAGGUGCAAGUUGCAGGCACACCCCAAAGGACCCCAAAGGAGCCACCAGGAGGAGAGUUAAGCACACUCUACCUCUUCCUUCCCAGCUCUGUUUUUCCUAUAAGGGGGCCAACUUCAGGAUAAAGAAACCUAGUUUGGAAGAGCAAUGGACCAUUAUAGACAUUGCAGCAAUGGGGAGACUUUUCUCAGCUAUGAACAAACAAAUUGGAGAGGAAUGUCCACCUAUAUAAGGCUGUUCAUCCAUUCUGCCCAUUCCCUUUCAGGACUCCAGAACUAUCACUGUUGUGUGCAAAGAUUCUCUGAACUCCUUCCUAAAAGCACAAAAAGAAUAUCCAUCAUACUGAAAGGUAGGAGAGCUUCAGGAAUGCCUUCUCCUCUGGAGAGGCCGCCAAAACCACUGAGAUUUCUCAAGGAACCCUCUGUUUAAAGCAGGGAUGGGGAGCACAUACAGCCUUCCAGGUGUUGUGGGACUCCCAGCUCCCAUCAGCCCUUGCAGCCAGUGUGGCUGGCAAGCAGAGUAGGAUGGUGAGAGUCUUGGUCCAGCAACGUCAUCUGUGGGAAGCCAGAGGUCCCUCACUUUGGCUUCAAAAAGAGGUUAAUUCAGGUUGCUUCCUGAUGACCUGGUUAUUGAGCAUUCGUAUUUGUUUGCACAAAUUUUGCAGUGAACAUGUAUAACAUCAUCUGUUUAUUGAAAAUUCAUUGCUUUGCAUUCCACCACAUACAUCAUCGAGGCAGGAGGCAUUCUCAGCAUUCUGCUCUCACAGCGACCACCCAGAUGCCGACUGGAAACCUGCAAGUAGGACCCGAGUGCAACAGCGCUCUUCCCUCCUGCUGUUUCCAGCCAGCUACUGGAGGCAGAACAUAGCCGUCAUGGCUAGUACUCAUUGAUAAUCCUCCAUGAAUUUGUCUAAAUCCUCUUUGAAAGCUACACAGUUUGGUGGCUAUUAGUGCCUCCUGUGGCAGCGAGUUCCACAGGUUAAGUAUACACUGCUGUGAGUAGAAGUACUUUCUUUUGCCUCUCCUGAAUCUUCCAACAUUCAGCUUCUUUGGAUGUCCCUGUGCACCACUGCUAUGAGAGAUGCAGAAAGCUCUCUGUCCAUUUCUCCUACACACCAUGCAUAAUUUUAUCAAGUCGUCUCUUGUUAGCUCAGUCGGUAGAACAUGAGACUCUUAAUCUCAGGGUCGCAAGUUUGAGCCCUGUUUUGGGUUCCUGCAUUGCAUGGGGUUGGACUAGAUGGCACUUGUGGUCCCUUCCAACUCUACGAUUCUCUUUUCUUUUCUCUAAACUAAAAAGACCCAAAUGCUGCAACCUUUCCUAUACUGUAUAGGGGAGUUGCUUCACCCCCUUGAUCAUUUCAGUUGCCUUUUUCUGAACCUUCCUCAGCUCCACAAUAUCCUUUUUGAGGUGCAGUGAGCAGAAAUGCACACAGUAUUCCAUACCAUUGAUUUCUAUAGCACAGCAAGUCACACUGGACCUAACUAGGUCUGGGGCCCAGAGAUUCCCCACCCUUUCCGCAGAGAGUGAGCUCACAUGUGAAUCUGCCUCUUCUUUUAAGCAAGUGUGCAAAGAAGUGAGAAGGAGGAGAAAGGAAGGUGAGAAGGGCACAAACAAGCUGGAAUGCAAGGAAGGUGAUAUUUCAGAGGUGGCAAGGCAUAGGCUGGAAUGGUCUAAGGCUGGAUCUAGACACAUCAAAGAAGCGUUUAAGUUAAGUGCUUUGUAAACUUUGUAUGAGAAAUCCGGUUGGCAAAAACGGAACUCCACAGCGCCAUCUGGUGCCACAGUGUUAUAAUGCAUAUACAACACAUAUAAACGCUUUUUCUUAGCCAAUGUAGCUGAAUCCUAAGACCAACUUAUUAAAUUCCUUUAUCUUAAGUAACAACUGGUUUUGGGUUGUUGUUUUUACUUUGUCUUUCCACAGAAAGUGAAAACACAUCUAGAGAGGAGUUGUCCAGAAAUCACACUGUGGCUGCUUUGCAAUGUUCUGGACCUCAAGGCACCGUGCAAGUACACUUCAUUGUUUCCGAAAAGAUGUACAGAGGGAAACUAAAAGCUAUGGAUCUCUUCUAUGGCCUGAAACAAAUCGCGGAUCCUGAUGAGAGGGGCUGUGCUGCUAAAUGCUGCUUGAUAUCGGCCGAUCACAGAAAGAGCCUCCAGAGUCAGGCAGAAGCUAGUAUUAUGGGGAAAGGUAAGGAAAGGAAGGAGAGCUUGAGGGCCAUGCAUUGGGUUGUAUUCCAUGUCAGUUCAAUUCAGAAUAGACCCACUGAACUUAAUAGACAUCGGCCUGUUCAUUUCAGUGGGCCCACUGCUAUCUUACCCUCUUCUUUUCUUUUUUUUUUAAAUAAUUUUUAUUAAGUUUCAUCUUACCAAAUUAAACACAUCAAACCAAUUAAUCCAAAUUAUAACAAUACAAAUCAUAUAAUCCAAUUAUUUUCCAAAUUAUAAAUUUUUGUGGGGGGUACCCAUGCUUCUUGAUCGGCAGGAGUCCAAUCCUCAAAUAUUUGUGCUGCUUUCAUAUUAAGAAUGAUAUUUCCAGUCCCCUCUUCUCAAUCCUUGUCAUUACUCAUUUUCCUUUUCAUUCACCUCCGAGUUGCUCUGCAAGUGGGUUGGAAAAAAAACAGUCUUAUUUGUGUUUCUGUGUGGGCUUUGUAAUGCUCUCUCAUAAAUCACUCUCAUCCAAUAGUUCAGGCAUGUCUGCUCGAGCAAGCAAUCACCAUUUUGUCGUUCCGAUGAAAUCGAAAAUAAUAAAUCUUUGGCUCGCCCUCCCCAAGACCAAACCUCCUGCAACACAGGUCUCGUAUCACAUUUCCAUUCUUACUGCAUCACAAAGAGAGCCCUUCUUCUUUCCAAAUCCUUCACAAAAUAAAACCUUUAAGUUCAUAUUAUUCUCAUACAGUUCAUUUCUGGUCCCAUUUGCCAAUUAAUUGCUGUGACGGAUCUUCUAAGAGGGAGGGUUAUUAGUUAAUCACAUAGAGCAAAAAAAAAAAGUCAUUUCGCCCCUCUUUCAGUUCCGUUGCAUUCCAUUCCGCAUACCAUGACUGUAGUACUUUGAUGUAAUCUUCCGUCUCAGUCUUCUUCAUUUCGAUGGUAAAAUUGUUAGCAGAUAAAAACCUCCUGCCUCUCUUGAAGCAUGUGCAUUAUCUUUCACCAAUUUUUUUAUUUUUAAGUAACGCAACUAGUUUCGCACCUGGAAGCAGCUUCGGAGGAGUUCCGAGGCCCGCCGAGGGUUGUGCACCCAGUGCCUCACCCCCUCCUUCUUCCAAACUCGGGGGUGAUUUAUGUCAACAGCAGGUGAAAACUGUGUCUCUCCCCCCUGGAGAGACGAGGGAGACUGAUUUACUCCCCAUAAUCAGCCUCUAAUUACCUCGUGCGAGCUGGAUAGAUGUUAAUAUCCGCCAUCUUCCAAGGCGCCCCUAGCGGCCCCCUGCUAUCUUACCCUCUUCUAUGACUCAUCCCUGACACGAAUGGCAAACUUCAGGCCUGGGAGCUGAGUGUGGCCCUUUGGACCUCUGUAUCUGGCCCUUGGAACUCCUCCCAGGCCACGCCCCUCACUGGUCUUGCACUGAAGCCUGAGAAUUGUGUGCCUGGCUGGAAUGUGUCCUUGGAUAAUAAUACCUCUUGCUUGUCAGGAGAGAGGGCAGAGAAGGGGGUGUGAGUGUGUGUAUAAACUAGCCUACUGUUAAAAGGUAAUUGUUCCUUUUUGCCUCUGACCCUGCAUGUGGCCCUCAUAUGGUUCUUCAAAAGAGAAUGUGGCCCUUGGGCUGAAAAAAUGGCACCCAGGUUUUUUAACAUAUGUAUAAUGCUGGGGGGGAGGUGUUGACAUCGGGGACAUUGCAAGAUGCAAGCAUUCUUUUUCAACUUUUCUAAUUUAACUCCCUGGCAGAUAAACACACCCCAGAUACAAUUUCUGUUCACAGUGCUUCUGCCAGGGGUGUCGGAUUGUUUCAUCAUCAGCAAUCAAACUAAUAAUGAAAAUUUUGCAAGAAGUUUGGAAAAGGAAAAUGAAAUCCGAAUCAAUACAACAUGUCAAGGUAACUAAUUUGUGGUUUUUUUCAGUUUUGCUUAAGUAAGAAGGAUAAUUAGCUGAAAGAAAUACUGCACACUGUGCUAUAUUGCAGGGACAGAAGUCAGGGGAGACUUAAAUUGUAAUCAUUAUUUUUUAAAAAAAAGCUUAGAUCCUACCUUUUUUGCAUGACUUGAGGUGCAAAAUUCACCAAGGAGUUCUUCUGCGGAUUGAAGGAAUCCCAUCUCAAAGCAGCUAACAGUCCUAGUGAAUUUAACAAAUAAUUAGUAUAAUUAGUAAAGAUCAUAGAAUCAUAGAAGUGUAGAGUUGGAAGGGACCCUAAGGGUCAUCUAGUCCAAGCCCUGCAAUGCAGGAAUCUCAGCUAGGACCACCCAACCUCUGUUUAAAAACCUCAAAGGAAGGAGAGUCUACCACCUGUUUCACCAUCAGCUCUUACAGUCAGAAAGUUCUUCCUUAUGUUUAGUUGGAAUAUCCUUUCUUGUAACUUGAAUCCCCUGGUUUGGGUCCUGCCCUCUGGAGCAGGAGAAAACAAGCUUGCUCCAUUCUCCAUGUGGGAGUCCCUUAUCCAUUUGAAGAUAUAUCAUCUCAGUCUCCUCUUUAGAAGGCUAAGCAUAGCCAACUCCCUCAACCAUUCCUCAUAAAGCUCUGCACGUGUUCUAGCUUGUCAAUAUCCUUCUUAAAUUGUGGUGCCCAGAACUGGACACAGCAAGUCCUCAGAUUGCCAAAUACUUAACACGGAGGGAGUGUCAACAAAUUACAAGCUCUCUCAUUACACUGUCAGCUAUCUCCUCCUUAUUCUCAGUUUUGCCAUUGUAGAACUCAAUGAAGAGGAGGACUAAAAGUAGUAUUACAUGGCUCUGCCCAUCAUUAGCUCUGGCUCCACCUACUGUUAGUCUUCCCGCUUUCUGCCCCACCAGUCACUGUUGGUGUGCUGAAAGGUAGGAAAAUACCACUCAGAUUUUCCACCUCAGACACCAAAAUGUCUUGACCAGGCUUCCUCAACCUUGGCCCUUCAGAUGUUUUUGGCCUACAACUCCCAUGAUCCCUAGCUAGAAGGCCAGUGGUCAGGGAUAAUGGGAAUUGUAGUCUCAAAACAUAUGGAGGGCCAAGGUUGAGGAAGCCUGGUCUUGAGACUACAGAUGUGUUCGCAUUAAUGCUUACUCCACAUCCAGUGGCUCCCAGUGCUACUUUUUGAAGCCACAUUCACAUGUUAGCCAUGGUCCAUAUUGAUCCUGCAGUUUCUUGACAAAUACUGCUGUCCGAUGCGGUCCCCCCGAGCCCUGAUCCAGAUUAAAUCUGACUAGAAAACUUAAUCCACUGUAUCUGUGCUGUGAACAUUUAAGACAGCCAUUGCACAUGCACAGAUGAAAACAUAUGCUAGGCUUGCCAUACGUCAGGAAAAUUCCUGACGUGUCCUAGUUUCCGGGUGUAAAAACGGCGUCAUGGAGGAAUUUUGCUAAAUCCGCAAAAUUUCAGGGGGAAACCAGGAUGUAUGGCAAUGUGAUGGAAAAAGUAGUGGAAACAGCUCCAAAAGCUUAAAAUCACUAUUUUGCGGGGGAGGUUUCCCCAAAAAAGCUUAACAAUUUUGAUGGGUUUCUUUAAAAAAAAGGUUUGCGGAUGUGAAGAAUUUUACUUUUUGAAAUAUGGCAACCCUAGCAUAUGUUUCAUGAGUAGGCGUUGGGGGAGGGUUGCAGGGGCAAGGAAGACAAAAAGGUCAUGCAUAUUGGGUGAAAGCAUUCCCACCCCCUCUCUGAUGUGAGCAAGACUCUACAAAUGCAUCUUGAAACGCAGCAAGGGGAACAACUGUGCUGCCUUUUAAAGUUGUAAAUGUGAACAUACCCUACAAUACAGAUCCUAUCUUUCAUUAUUACAUUACCUCGCCUAUUUUAUGCUUCGUAUUUCUCGUUCUGUCCCCAGAAACAGAUGAGAUGGAGGACAGGAAAAAGAUAGGUGUCUUCCUGAAAAUAGCCAUCUUGUGUGUCAUGGUGCCCCUGAUGUUCUUCUUUAUGGUAUUUGGUGUAUGCGAAGUCCCCUGUCCUGUAAGUUUGCUUGUGCCGAAUCACUGCGACAAUUUAAAAUAAGUAAGCUGCUUUAUAUCGUGUCAGACCCUUGGUCCAUCUAGCUCAGUGUUGUCUACACUGACUGGCAGCAGCUCUCCAGAGUUUCAGGCGGGGUUCUCUCCCGGCCCUUUCUGGAGAUAGCAAGGAUUGGACCUAGGACCUUUUGCAUGUAAUGCGGAUGCUUCACCAUUGAACUAGGGCCCUUACCCAUAUUUGCAGAGGAUUCAGUGUGGAGCAAAUAGUGGUGAAAUUUCAUGUACUGGCUAGGAUUGGGGGAGAAAUUCAAUUUAUUCAUUGCAUUUAAAGAUGAACCUACCUAAUUUGCACUUUUCUAAACAAUAAGCAAACCGAAACACAGCCAUCCUUUGAAAGUUGCACUUCUCUGAAUUUUGCAAUAGUUAUACAGUCACGUAAAAUGUGCAAAAAUGCAUAACGUGAGCAUAAAAUGCAUAUAUUAGUAAUAAUAAAUACACUGGGAAAUUGCUUUGCAAAAAUGUGUAUAAUAGGCAAAACUGCAUACAAGUAUGUGUAUUGGGAUAAAUUUGCAAUAAAAUGCUAAUCGGUUUUCAUGAUAAUUUUUGAAAAAACAAACAAACACUAAUUGAUGUGGAAAUGUGGAGAACUGAACUCAAGACUGGAAAAAUGAGAAACUGAAACCAAAAUAGACAGAUUCACCCAACCCAAGUCCUGGCCUGUCCAAGUCCCAAGGAAAUUGAUAGUGGUGGAUAAGGCAGGUUUCUCUAGGGAGAGACUGUCAAAAUGUGGCCUCAAUACCUGUCAUGACCCCAGAGUGCAGCAAUGACCGGGACACUGAACCAGAGGAAGUGGACCAGGGGCACUCAGGAUGAAUGGUCACUAAACAGAUCAUCUGGAAGCACACUGGGACCUGGUUUUGAGCCUAGUACUAGUGAUUAGGAGCCAAUGGAGUCUGGGGCUGGCAGGCAGGAGGCUGAUGAAACAUGCUUCACAGCAUUGCAAUGCACAGGAGGCUAGUCCCUUAGGGCAAAUGAGGCCCUGCCCCACCCACCUCAGCCUGCCUUCACCCAGCCCCCACCUGCCGUACCUUAUUUAUGACCAAUAUAGAGGGUAGCAUUGACUGCCAAAAACAUCUGGAGGGCACCAGGUUGGUGAAGUCUGUCUUGAAGACAUGGGCUUAGGCGGGGCUUUGUGACAGAGUUAGACCAGCCUAGCCAUGCUGAUUAAGUUUCUUCUUCACUCAGUGUUCCCUUCCUUGUUGGAGGCAAUGUCUCUUCCCUACGCAAAAACAUGAAGCAAAAGAGAAGAAAAUGACGGAAGCCACAAAUCCUGCAGCACAUGGAAUCCCCACCAUGGUCUGUUUGUUUUUAACAAUUCAGUCGUGCUUAUUCCAUUCAGCUAGACGAGACUUCCCUGGGCGUAGGAAGAGAGCCCUGCGUGACCAGGCUCAUCUAGUCCAGCAUCCUGCUCUCACAGCGGUGCACCAGGUCCUCCAAAAGGAAGCCUACAACUUGGGCUUGAGGGCGGCAACCCUCUCCUCAUUUGUGAUUCCUAGUAACUGGUAUUCAGUGGAGGUAGAACAUAGCCAUUGUGGCUGGUAGUCAUCAAAAGCCGUAUACUCCAUGGUUCUGGAACAAGUAGAACCCUGCCAGAUCACACAUAAGACCAAUCCAGCCAUAAGAACUUAAGAAAGGUCUUCUUAAACUAGGCCAGUGGUACAUCUGCACCCCCCCAACUCACAACUAGUCAAGAAGGUGGCAUUUGCUGCCAGCUUCCUCCUCCUUUGUCUCAGGAUUGCCCUCUCAAAUGAGAGAAGGAUGGAGACAAAAUUAAUUGGCUCUGCCUCUCCCUGUUAUGGACUCUGGCUCCAUCUACUGUUGGCCUCCCUUCUUUCUGUCCUACAGUGAUGAACCAGAUACCCAUGGGAAGCCCACAAACUGGGCCAGAGUGUGACAGCCCAUUCACCACUUGCAAUUCCUAGCCCAAUUUGUGUACCCCCCUCUUUCAAAGUCAUUCAAGUUGGGCAUCUUUAAAAACAAAAAAACAUGCAAGUUAAUUAUUGCACAUGGAAGUAAAAGAUUUGGAAUUGCUUUUCCAGUCCUGCAUUGAACUGACAAAAUCCAUCCCCUUGUUAACAGUACUGUUUAAUAUGCAAAAGUUUGACUUGUUAUAUUAUAAAGUAGAUUUUUCAUUUGUUUUCCAGGCAGAAGUUUAACAUCAAGUCCCAACACCCCCA